CGACGGCGAGCAGUAUGGCGACAUGUCGCUUCGUGCGUAAACAGUGAGUGUAGGCACUUGUCUCAUCGUGGCGGGAUAAAUAUUGUCUGACUUGCUAAAGUGUGCUUCGAUACAUCGUUCAAGAUCGUACCGCUUACAGGACGUUUCAUUUAAAGAGCAGAAACACUGAUAUUUCUUCGCAGUGAGCAUUUGACAGAUUAUCACCUUUGCUUGCCGUUUACAGUUACGUGUUAGCUUAUCAAUGAGAAAGGGCAGAGCUUUGUGACUCGUGGAAACGGCGUGAAUAUUCUGUUGCGACUGAGAGGAGACGAAAUGAGCGGGUCUGCAGUGCCCUGGCGUGGAAAAUUCCGACUGAUACCAUGUUAGCUGAACCGUAGCAAGAAGAUUUGGAUUAUGUGGAGUGUUAAGACCAGCAAGACGAAGAAUUCUCAAGGAUGAGCCGUGGGUACUACGUACCCUGUGCGCCGUUCCUCUACUUGGUUCCGGACAGCGGGGGCAUGGACUGCAUGCCGCUCCAGCCGGCGCAUGCGCACCAACCGCAUCGGCCGCCGGGGCCAUUCCAGUACCUCAUGCACGAGCAGGCCAAGUCGCUCGUCGCACUACAGGAGCUGCAGAAUGAGGUGGGCGCGCUGCUGGAGUUCCGGGACCUGGUCAUGGAGACGUUCCCGCACCUGCGGCAGAAGCUGGCGGCCAGCGAGCGCGGCGGCUCCUCGUCGUCGUGCUGCACCAGCACCGCCUCCUCCACGGCCUCCGCCAGCCCUUCCGGCGCCGCCUCCCGGCACCGCCCGCCGGCUGCAGACUGGGAACCGGGCGUGCGCGUGCGUCGCAAGCUGCUGCACGGCGCCGCGCACCACAAGGAGAUCACAGGAGGCAGCGACGGAGCGUCGAGCGGCGCGACGCAUCGGAAGCAGCCCAAGAGCGGCGACGGCAGCGGCACGAGCAGUGCGGGCAGCAGCGCCGUACAAGACUCUGGCUUCGGCACCGAGACCUCCUCCAGCAAGGCCGCCUCCGCAACCACCGUGCUCCCUGCCGCGCACCACCACCAGGCCAGCUCGUCGUCGGUGGUGGUGGACGAGGCGGAGGACGAGCUGUGGAACCUGCUGGACGUGAUCCAGCGCAAGGGCACGCGCCUGCGCGACGAGGUGGCGCAGCUGCAGCAGCGCCUCGCGGGCUCCGCCGCCCCCGCGCCUUCCGCCCCCGCCGCCGAGCAGCCACAGCAGCAGCAGCAAGUGCGGCCGCCUCCGCCACCGACCCCUCGACCGCGGAGGCCGCUGGGCGCUCUGGACGCGGUGCUCAGCGCGCCCUCCACGCUGCCCAGGGCGCGCCCCGACGCGCGCAAGGUGGCCGCCAUCCUGCGAGAGCUGGACCCCGUGGAGCUGCAGAGGCACCUGCUCACCACCACCGCGCACAACCAGGCUUUGCAGAAUCGACUAGAGAAGACAGCAAAGCUGCACACUAGUCUCCUGGAGCAGCUGGAUAAAGUGAAAGAUGAAAAUGAUGAUCUACGAUUUCAGCUUGCAGAAAAGAGUAUAGAGCUGGAGGGAACCAAGGCACGCAUGCGAGUAUUACAGCAACGGCAAGGCAAGGCAGCUGAAACAAACACUGCAGCAGUGUCAACAGAAACAGAUGAUGAGCAGCCUCCUCUACUUCCCCCAGAGGAAACAUGCAAUCCAAUCCUGCCUCUACUAGCACUGCCAGUAGCUGGUUCAGAGGACCACAACCACCAGCAUCACAGUAGUAGUACUGAGUCAGCACACGAUCACACUGAACAGCGCCGUGUGCAGUCGUCUAAUUCUCCCCGUCGCAGGCCUAGCAAGAUACCUUUACUGGGAACUAAAUCGUACUGUGCACCCAGACCGCCAUCUGGGAAGACAGGUGCUAUCACGGCAGCACAUUCUAAUAAGAGCAGAGAUUCUCUGUCAGCUAAAUCUGGCCGGGAAAGUUCAUGGAAAAGCAAGGCUGACGGUGCCUCUCUGAGUGGAAGCAAGAGCAGAGAACCUAUUUCUGUGGUUAGGAACUCUUCUCUUUCAGCGAGAAACAAUAGUAGAGAAUCACUAAAUGGUAGUAAAUCUAGAGAUUCCAUUCUGAGCAAAUCUCGUAGUGACUCAGUAAAUGGGCGAAAAGUAUCAGCCGUGGAAGUGACAAUGGUUUCUACUAGGUCGAGGGAUGGUCAUAGUCAAAAUAGUUUCUCAUCAAAUGCAUCGAAUACUAAUAAGCGAGAUUCUCUUUCUGGAAAAAGCAGAGAAGCUUCGUUCUCAUCAUCCAGUGGUUGGAAAGGAACUCAGCAUCCAGUGAGGAGGGCCAGUAGUGCAAGCAUCACAAGAGGCAACGUGAUUGAUCAAGCUGAUCGUAACUCUAAGGUUUUAACAGCAUCUGAUAGUCUAGAGCCAAAACAGUGUUCUUCCGCAACAGGAGAGACACAUGGCAGUCACCAUGAUGAUCAUCAUGAUGCAGAUUCAUUUUCGGAUUCCCUCAACCAUUUUCCUGACCAAGAAGUGGAACUUUCACCAAAAACAAGUGAUGAGAUUGAUUUCAAAAGUUUGACAUCUCAACUUAACUUACAAAGCCAAGAUGUAAACAGUGACAGUAACAUUAUUGUUGAUGGCAACUCCUCCUCAUCUGAAUUUUUUGACAGUAUCAAUGACUCUGAAAGUGUAUUGAAUAAUGAAAUUGUAUCUAGCAAAAAUGUGCACGUCCAAGACCAUCACCUGCAUACUUCAUCACGAUGUGAAGGAUUGACAGAGUGUGAUUCAUUGGAGAACAGGGCACCUGAAAUGAUGAUAGAGGCCUUUCAUACACCAACAAAAUUUUUGUCAAAAGUAAUUUCUACACGAAACUUUUGUAUUGCACCAGGAGGUCAACAUACUGAAUACUGAAAUUAAUUUGAAUUGUUUUCCUUUCUAAUCUUCUAAUGGUGAGACACUGUUUCUUUCUAUUUACAACCAUGAACUACUGUGUGAAAAGACAUUAACAGUUAAUGUGCAGGAUAUGUCUAUUACAAAUGAAAUUUUAACCACAGAUUAGUAGGAAUAUGGUGGUUAAGAAUGCUGUUUGCAUGAUAGAAUGCUGAAAGUAUGUGGGGAUGCCAUCUCUAAUUAGUACUGCUUAUGGUUACUGAUGUAAAAUUUUCUAAAAAUACAUCUGUUGUAUUUAUGGAAUGGAUGUUCUGAAUUGGAUGUUAGUAAUUUGGUGACAUAAUAUGGUGCUCUUUUGUAAUCAAUAUUUUAAUGGAGCAUUUAAUUGCAUUUGCUGGUGUUUAGACUUUGCUUUUGUAAGAUAAUUUCCAAAUCUUUGAUGUAGUUUGACUUUUGGCUUUUGUUAUGAAACCAAGCAAAGCAUAAGCUUUUUGCCUUUGCUGACUGUAGUUAUCCUAAAAAGAAUCUUCACACUUUUUUGUCUUAAGUAAAACGAAGAAUAGGCCAGAUGCGCAUUACAGAAAUUUGCAGAGUACAGGAAGAAAGUCGCUCGGUAUUCUCCUUCACCCUUUUAGGAAACUCUAUCAUUAUUCCUUGGUUUAAUUUGUAAUGUGUUUCAUGGGACCCCAUGCAUAAAUUAAACAUGUUUUGUAUACUGGCUACAUAAUUCCAUGUAUCUGUAUUCUGAAUCCAAACAAAACAUUGUUUUUAACAUGUAAAUAAUUGAGGAGAGAAAAACGUAAGAUGAAGAGCUUUCCAUUUAUGAAAAUAUGCCAAUAUCCUUUCUUGAAAAGAAAUACGCUGUCAGCUGCUAAAUUUAUUUGCCCUUUUGUAUUGUUCUCUACUCAUUUUACCCAAGACAAAUUAAUUUAAAAAAAAACACAGAUGUCUAAGGUGAACUGUUGGUUAUUAAUUAGAUUUUUAUUCUCCUACAAAGUUUAUUUAUAUUUUGAGGAAUGUUAGCCAUGCUGAGGUCAUGUGAGUUGUAGUAUGGUAUCUGAUAUUGAAGAGAUGCACCAAAUAUCUUUACACAUGAGUAAAAUUUUCAGUGUCUCAAGUCACAUCAUUUUGACUGGAUAAAAUUGCUGUUACUGGCACAGUAUUCCACAUAUAUAGGUGAGGAGCAACAUCUGGAAUCUUUCCAGGAGGAGUCAGAAUGAUGCCUGCACCUUCCCUGGAAGAUACCAGAUGUUGCUGUGUCAUCUGUAUGAGUGGAACAUUGUGCUAGUCAUUUUGGUCAUUAGUGUUACUGCUGAUUAUGGCCCAGACAACUGUAGAAGUCAAGUAUUUAUUUUGAAAUGACAUGGCUAUAAGCCCAAGGUGAUUUUUUUUCAGACAAGCAACCAUGAAAGAUUAUGAUAACACAAAUCAUUAAAACUGUGAGCUAUGAACUGAACAUAAUGUUUUGUAUUAACUCAUUUAUUUAUGAAUGUUAGAGCAUUUCAUGUGAUUGGUAGUUCAUACUUCAGCAAUGUGUGCUGUGGUUAUGAGGUUGAGAUAAGGAAAGGGGAGCAAAUUAAUACAUUAAUACCAGUGGGAGAAUAGAGAGUGGAAGUGUGUGUGUGUGUGUGUGUGUGUGUGUGUGUGUGUGUGUGUGUGUGUGUGUGAGGGGGGUGAGUCAACGUUAAGUGGCUGGUAAGUAGAGCAGUAGCUUUCACCCCCCCCCCCCCCCCCCCUCAACCCACACCGCUACCUUGCUCCUCUUCCAUUCUGAGUAUUUAUAACAUAGCAUGCUAGAUAGGUGUUGCGUAGGUUCAGAGAAUUCCAGCCUGACAGCACUCAGUUUUUCAAAAACAGUAGCAGUUCUGAAAACUGCUAAUAUAAUUACUGGAAUAUCUUUUUGCAACUGUCAGUGCAUCUUUCCUUUUUAUUGCAGCUGUCAUGUUGGUGUUAAAAUAUACAGCUGUAAACAAUGCUAAGACAUCUGUUUUUACAUUAUUAGUGUGUUUUCUUUACACACCCGACUUAUUAAAUCUGGCAUAUUUGUUACACAAAAUCAAUUACUUUCAAGUCACGUCCUGGAGAACUAAGUAUAUAUGGGGACACUGUUAGAAGCAGUCAUCAACAACAAAAUGGACAUAUAAUGUUUUAAUGAAAAAAUAAUUUCUCAUUUUCAAAUAAAUUCAUGUAUACAUCUGGUGCUUUGUAUGUCUGGUGCUUACUUUUUAUCAAUAUGAAAAUUGUUUUCCCAUGAACUGGGAAGAAGAGAAUAUGCCACUGUGGAUAUGUUUGCACUGAUGCACUCUCUCUCUCUCUCUCUCUCUCUCUCUCUCUCUCUCUCUCUCUCUCAUUCCCUCCCCCUCCCUCUAACACAUUUCCUUAUUUCCUUUCUAAAUAGGAAUGGUCUCUAAUCACUGAAUUGUAAGCACACACGUAUUUGCCAUAAAACUAGAUUAGUACUUAUUUUGUUGACGAUUUUUAUGGAGAUUUCAAGGUGUCUCAAUAAGAUGGCUGUUGGGUUCUCUCAUUUUCCUGUGUUUAAACAAUUUCAGGACAUCUUCCAAUUGUAUUCCAGUCUUGCGUUCAACAAUGUAGGAAAUGAUAGAUUGUUACCGAGCAUAAAGAUGACACUUUAAGCUGCAGACAGGCACAAUUAAAUGACACUUACUGAGCUUUCAGCCACAGCCUUCAUUGGAAAAAGAGAAAGCGAAAGCUUAUGUGUAAGUGUCCAUUAAUCGCGCCUGUCUGCAACUUAAUGUGUCAUUUUUAUGAUAAGUAGCAAUCUGUCUUUUCCUACAUUGUUGAUAUUCCUAACUGGCAUUUCCAUUGUUUGAUUUUGCCAACAUUAUGUUCACUAUUUUUGCUUUGAUGGUUAAUAGCACCCUGUCAAUGGCACAUUAACUGAAAUAUGUAUUCAAAGGAGCUAGUUGUGAUAGGCAAGUGACUCUAAAAACAGUUAAAAAAAAUCAUUUCCUCUGUAGUUUUGAGUACAUAUUAGUUUCAAUCUGACCCAGUAUUUCCAGACACUGCAUGCAUUUAAGGUAUGUUUUGUUAGUUGUGCUAGAUCAUUUAUGAACCAGGUUCUUAACACUGAAUAUACACAAGGCACUAAUAAACGACAGCCUUGGAAAAAGUUGCUAAAUAUACUUACACCUGCAUGUUAAAUCUCAGAAAACUGAAUUAGAAAUAUGUUUUCUUUGCUGUUGGAACUCUUUCAUAUCAGUAUACUUGAAAUUACAAUAUUGAGAGAUAUGUUUCAGUUUCCUGUUUUCUUUUCCGUGCACAGAGAGAGAGAGAGAGAGAGAGAGAGAGACUGUUCAAACUUUUUUUGUGAUUUGGAACCAGCCUUUUUUUGUCUGUUCCUUACUGAAUUAAAACCUGUGAAAUGCUCCUGAAUUGCUUUAGACAGAAAUUCUGUACUUAAGUAUCGUACUCCGUUGUUAUUUUUAUUAUUUCAGAUUGUCAUUCAUGGAUAAUUGUGGUAAUGUUUUUAACAGUAUUCGUUAAAAGAUUUAUACUCCUUGUUCAGACAAGACUGAACUGCAAUAAAAUUUAGUUCCUGUAAGUAUCAUUAGAUGGCUGUAGCAGCUGUUCACAGUAUGAAUGAGAAAAAAUUGUUAUGCAUAUAUAUUUUUGGAAUUCAGUGUAAAAAUCGUAUGAUUUUGUGAGACUACCAACUUACAAACAAGGAACAAAAGAAAAAAACAGUUUUUGUCAAAAGUUUCAAUAGUGUUUCAGAAAAUCAUUGUUCCAAUUUUUCUUAAGAUGAGAGUGAAAAUAAAAUCAUUCAACUAACACUUUCAAUACGGUAUGCAGUCUUGUAAUGCAUGCUGGAUUGGAUAAAAGAUGAAAAUACUAGUUUCUUUUUUAGAUCUGUCUUCAACUGGAACCUGGAAGUACUCAGUGAACAUACUUAUUUUGAGUGGUAAAAGGAGGCACAGUAAUGAAAUGCAACUUGGGAUUAUUGUAGCAGAUUUUGGUCACUGAGUAACCAUCUUCAACACAGUGGUUAAAGUUAACACAUUUUAGUCAUUACUUGGCAUAGUCUUCUUGUACUAUACACAUUAGAAGUUGAAAUUGAACUCUUUAUUUGAUACAAUGAAGAUCGUCACUCAGUGACUGAAAUGUAGAUCUGCUACAGUAAUCAUGAGUUGCAACUGAUUGCUGUAUCUUCUUUCACCAGUUGAUAUUAGUUUCUACAAAGUUAUUUAAAUCAUGAUAGUAAAGCAAUAAAUUUUUGUAUCUAAGCAUACCUUUAGUAGAGACUUUGUUUUCAUGUGUUGUGACAUACUAUCGCAUAUUUGGUUGAAGAGUAGAGUGAUAGUGCUUAUUUGUUGCUGCUAUAGCCAUCAUAAUUUAAACAUUUGUGUUUGGUAAAUGAAUCAAAGAAUACAUUUUUACUUUCAAGUAUGCACCAUUCUUAUGAUCUAUUAAAAGCAGCAGCUACCUUUACAACGAGACAAGGAUUAAUAGUAAUAUAUUGUGGUAGUAUCCCCCCCCCCCCCUCCCA